UUGGGAACAUGCAUAAAUAAAUAAAUAUAUAAAUAAACUGAGUUUUUCACUUUAUUGGGCAUUUGGCUUGCCAUAUACGUAGCUAUGAGACGAGACAACGCAAGACAAGAUACAUGCGACUUUUCUAAUCCUUCUUAACCCGAAAAAAGAUAGAAGCACUACGGAAGUAACUCAGAGGAAAUCCUCUCUCUAACAUAAGCUCUCUGUUGAAUUGAAUGAAGAUCAGCCCUGUAUUCAGACAGACUCCUUUAUAAUAUUGUUAAUUAUUAUAAAUUGUUUAAGAAAUUACCAAACAUUACAUUGGCGAACGAAAACCAAGAAGAAAAGGUCGGCCACGGGAACCUUAAAGUUGUAAGCUGCCAUUUUGCUUCAGAGUUCUGCAAUAUCAUCGCACUCGCAGCUCACUUAGCUCAGCUAGCUCAGCAGGAGGUAUGAGCGACAAUGAGUCCAAUCCUGCCGGGGAGGUUCGGGGGCGUUCUGCUAUGAUGGCCGUAGCCGAUUUUCCCAAGAUGUGGGACUGCUUGACAACAGAGAAUGUUGAUUUCGAUAGGAAGGAGCAUCUUUCUCAUGAGGAAGUGGCAAAAGAACUCGGAGUGGAUCCUGGAAUUGCUAAGGAGUUAGCAGAUGUUUGCAGCAUUGAUACCCUACACACUUCUGUGACUGGUGUUCACAGCAUGACGAGGCAUUGUCAUGACAACAUCAUGGAAGGGGUCCUUCCUGAAGCAGGAGAACAACUUCAAACACUCAGGUCAAGGGUUACUACUGCAGCUAAAUAUGGACGCAGUGGGCCUCCUUCACAGAAGUCAUUCUCCCAUUAUAGCUACAGCAAGGAUACUCCCGGCACCAUCACUGAACCAGUCGUCCUACUGACUGUGACAAUGACAGUCAGCAACAAAGUGCCUAUAUAUUCGCGCAUGGUCAAGCACGACAGAGAGUUGAUGGUCCAUGCCAACCAGCCCCUCUCUGCCCUGAAGGACAAGCUCCUGUGCCCGAUGGACCUGGUCUACCUGUGCGGAGAGUGCAGCGAGAACCCCGACACUGCAGACGACACCAGGGCCCAGGAUCUCUACAAGUCCUCCUUCAUCUUCAUAGAAGAUACCUUCUACAGUGACAUGAGAGACCCCAAGUCAAGGGAUAUUACAGGGAAAAAUUAUUAUCUAAAGACCAUAAUGGGUUGUUCAUAUUGUUUUGUUUCACCUGUUAUUUUGUUUAAUCCUGACAGACCGCUGCGCCAGUGGAUAGCUCAAGGGAAGAGUGUGAUCAUCUCGGGUGAGAUGAAGCAAGCCAAGAUGGAGGAGACAACAUUCAACGAUCUGUCCAUCAGACUGGGCUUCCCCUAUCUGUACGUUCAUCAGGGAGACUGUGAACACAACAUCACCUUCACUGAUAUCAGGUUCAUGGAUGAAAAUGAUUGCCAGGAUCUCGAAGAGUUUCCUCUCCUCUGCAACCAAUCUGCUUUCUACAGGAACUCCUGUAUUGGAUGCAAGACGCUUACUGCAAAAUGGAUGACCCAAGAAGACUCACUAUCACCAACCGAUCCAUGUUUCUUCUGCGAUGUCUGCUACUACAAGUUCCACUAUGACACCAAAGGCAACAAGCUGGGAAACUUCAAAGCCUACCGCCACAUUGAUCCUUCGAUCUUCAGAUAGCAUUGUCCCUUGUGACGUCAGAACAGUACCGGAAGAUAAUGGAUUACCUUAGACCGAUAGAACAAAUACCGAAGAUCGUUCCAUACUUUUAUUAUGAAAGUAUUUGUUUCUUACAGUGCUAAAAGGGAGUGUAGCUUGGCAAGUGCUUGUUAACGCCAUCUACGUCUUCUUUUGGACAACUGCACGUAAAUGAAUAGACUU